AUGACAAAGAAAAGGAGUCAUCGCAGACGCAAUCUAAAUGCAAUGCAGAAAACAACUCGCACAGAAGACGCUGCUGUCAGUGCAAACGAAGACAGGCUUAGCAAGCUGCCGCAUGACCUUCUGCUCAACAUCCUGGAGAGGGUGGACACGCUCGAUGCAAUAAGGACCUGCAUCCUCUCCAAGCAAAUGCUUAAGCUCCCCACCAUGCUCUCGCAGUUCUUCCUAAGUUGUAGUUCCAUUCCAGGUUUCCAGGAUAAAACUCGUGUUAUCACCCCCAGUGACGUGCUUCGAACCAACAGUGUUGUGGCUCAUGUUACGGAUAACAUCUUGAGCACAAGGAGCCAGGAGAUCACCAUCAGGAAACUCAAAAUCAGAUUCGUCUUGAGGGUACAUGACUCUGUCAGCAUUGGCAAAUCUGUUGCCCGUGCCAUGGCAACCCAGAAGGUUGGUGCAGCUGAAUUUGAGGUCCUAACGGAGAAGCCUUAUGAGUGGUGCUCUCCUGCAGAUCUCCUCCAUUGUGCACAUCAGUUCAAUGAUUUUGUCGGUGCUUGUCAGGAUGCAUUUGCUGGCCUGAGGCGCCUGUGGUUGCGCAAUAUGAGGUUUAGUGAACUGGACAUCCAUAACAUACUCAGCACUUGCAAGCUCUUGGAGUCAUUGCGUUUAACCGAUUGCGACUCAGGGAUCCAUUCUGUGCUGCAAGUAGAACAUGGUGAACUUGUUGAGCUUGAGGUCGAAUAUGGAAAAUUUGAGAGUGUGGAACUGAUAUAUGUACCAAAACUCCAACGGGUGAGAUAUAAGAGUUGGUCCUCUUAUAAAAAUCCUGUGUAUUUUGGUUUUGUACCACAGUUUACAAAGCUUAGCCUCAGUAAAACUGGUGUCUGUUUGGAUAAGACUCUUCAGUUAAGCCAGCUUCUUGCUAAUGUUCCUUCAAUAAGCGAUCUGCAUCUGAAUUUUGAAAGUGAGAAGACUUGGGUCCUGCCAGAAUGUCCGAAACUGCUCAAGCCUGUGCUCAGCAAAUUACAGCACGUCAGUCUGGAUCAUCUUCCUGAAGGAUGUGAUUUAGCUUGGACAAUGUUUAUUCUUGAAGCUGCACCCUUUCUAAGAGAGCUGUGCAUCACAGUAUGGGACCAUUGGUGCAUCAUGAUGACAGACAAAGACUUUUGA